UUUUAAGAGCAGAACGUUAGGUGAUGAUGAUGGAAACUGCAAAUUUGUAGGCAUCUUUAUCCAUUCACAUUAUCCCAAUAGCUAAAAUCAAACCCCAGAGAUCUUUCACUAUCUUAAUCUCAUCUCCUUCCAUCAACAAAUUCUCUUCUUCAAUGGCAUCAUCAACUGACUCCGACAUUUCUAUAGAGUUUCCCUUCUUCCGAGUUUACAAGGACGGCCGCGUCGAGUUAUUCCGUCCACACUGGGACAAGAUCCCACCCUCUGAUGACCCCAUCACCGGAGUUCGUUCCAAAGACGUUACCAUCUCCUCUGAACCUCCCGUAUCCGCCCGUAUUUUUAUCCCAAAACUCACAAGCCCUACCCAGAAGUUCCCUCUCUUACUCUACGUCCAUGGCGGUGGCUUCUCCAUGCUUUCUGCCUUUUCUCCACAUUACCAUCACUUCUGUAGCACCGUUUCAGCUCAAGCCGGCGUCAUAGUCGUCUCCGUCGAGUACGGACUCUUCCCGGCCCGACCCAUUCCCGCUUGCUACGAAGACUCGUGGGCUGCUCUCCAGUGGGUGGCGUCCCAUGUUAAUGGAAAUGGACCUGACCCUUGGUUGAACGAUCACGCUAAUUUCAGCAAAGUUUUUAUCGGUGGAGAUAGCGCUGGAGGGAAUAUCUCGCAUACUUUGGCGUUCCGGGUCGGGUCAAUCGGGUUACCGGGUGUGAAAGUAGAUGGUGUGAUUUUGUUUCAUCCGUAUUUCGGUGGGACGGAAGACGAUCAGAUGUGGCUGUUUAUGAAUCCAACCAACGGUGGGUUAAAGGAUCCUCGGCUGAAACCGCCGGCAGAGGAUCUGGGUAAGCUUGGGUGUGAGAGAGUGUUGAUAUUUGUGGCUGAGAAAGAUCAUCUGUAUACUCCGGGAAAAGAUUAUUAUGAAGAAUUGAAGAAAAGUGGAUGGGGAGGGAAAGUUGAGGUGGUUGAAAAUCAUGGGGAAGAACACUGCUUCCAUCUUCACGAUCCCAAAUAUGAAAAAGCUGUGGAGUUAACCAAUAAGUUUGUUUCAUUUAUCAAACAAGAUUAGAUUCAUUAGUGUUUCAGUCAAGAUCUUGUUAUUGUAAUAAAUUUAGGGUGUGUCUGAAAUUGAUGAAAUAAAAGGGACUUUUUGUGCA